AUGCCUCCCGCGAAGCGUGCACACGAGGACACGCUGACCCUCAAGGAGAAGCUGCACUCGCUCCAGGGCACCACCGCCCGCGGACGUCGCAACGGCCAUGCGAGCCUCACGAAUGGGAGCAAUUUGAAGGAAGUCAUGUCCUCGACCGCCGACAACGCCUCCACCAACAGCGGUCAGAACGAGCAGAAUGGAUCAGGUGUGUCGUGGUCCUCGCAGGACGUUUCCCUCCUCCAAGGGUACCGGCGUGCCUACCGCCUCGACACGCCUUCCUCGUUCAAGAAUCCCCUCAGCCACGUUGUACUCGGAAGUGGCAUCGGGCGCUACUCCCCCACAAUGGCAAGGCCCAAGGCGAAGAGAAGAGCCCACAAGGACCAGCUGGCACUGUCCGUGAGGAAGAACUUUAAUGCUCUCGGCGUCAACGAGACCGACGUCAUCGUCCACCUGCUGUAUAAAGUGAAGCAUAAAGGCACA